GAUUCCGUGUUCCAGAGGUUUCUCUUCGACUCGCGGCAAGGAGCUGAAAGUAAGAUUAGGGUUAGGGUUAGGGUUAGGGUGCAGGAUUUGCCUUCUGUGGUAAUUCCAGCCGUGCAGAAGGAAGAUGAGUAGCGGCGGUGCGACGAAGGGCGGGAGAGGGAAGCCCAAGGCGUCGAAGUCGGUGUCGCGGUCGCACAAGGCGGGGCUUCAGUUCCCGGUUGGUAGAAUCGCUCGCUUUCUGAAGGCUGGCAAGUACGCUGAGCGCGUCGGCGCCGGCGCUCCCGUCUACCUCUCCGCCGUCCUGGAGUACCUCGCUGCCGAGGUGCUGGAGUUGGCCGGGAAUGCAGCGAGAGACAACAAGAAGAACAGGAUAGUGCCACGGCACAUACAGUUGGCGGUGAGGAACGACGAGGAGCUGAGCAAGCUUCUGGGGUCGGUGACGAUAGCCAACGGCGGGGUUUUGCCUAACAUCCACCAGACUCUGCUCCCCAAAAAGGCUGGCGGCAAAGACAAGGCUGAGAUCGGCUCGGCUUCUCAGGAGUUUUAAGCUGCUGCAACAACUCCUCUACUGUUUCCAGCUUCUUCUUCUUCUUCUUCUUCUUCUUCUUCUUCCUAGAAUGUGAGCCAUCUCACCCACCCAUGUAAUGAGUGCAUUGUACAGUUUUGAAUCACAACUUUUGGGCAUGUGAAUUAAACGAAUCCCUUCGUCCAGGGGGGUCUGUGUUUUGUGGGUUGAA